AUGGAGUUUUUCGUUGCGUGGUAUCCUGUUUUUAGUCUGGCUUCAGACCAGGCCUUUGAUGCUUCUUUCUUAAAGCAAAAGCAGAAAAAGAAAGAAAAGCAGGUGAAACUUGAAGUUGGCGCUGACCUGUUGCAUUCAACCUCGCUAUUUGGCAUAGGUCCCAGUGAUGCAUCUCCAGAUGAAGGAGUAGUAGAAGAUCUGCCUUUAAUAGAUGAGAAAGCUGUGGAGCAGCUAACUGAAGGAUUGAUUUCUCAUUAUCUGCCUGAUCUUCAGCGAUCAAAAUCAGCACUACAGGAACUUACACAGAACCAAGUGGUAUUACUAGAAACAUUAGAACAAGAAAUUUCAAAAUUCAAAGAGUGUAACUCCAUUCUUGAUAUCAAUGCUUUGUUUUCAGAAGCUAAACACUAUCACAGCAAGUUAGUGAAUAUUAGAAAUGAGAUGAUGGUGCUCCAUGAGAAGACAUCAAAGUUAAAAAAAAGAGCACUUAAGCUGCAACAAAAGAGGCAGAAGGAAGAACUAGAACGAGAACAGCAACGUGAGAAGGAGCUUGAAAGAGAGAAGCAAUUAACAGCAAAACCUGCUAGGAGGACGUGAAAGCAGAGCAUGCAACAACUUGUCCAAAGUAAUAAUUUCUGCAUUCUCUGGAAUUAAGGCAGAUUUUGCUUAAGAUGGGCUAUAGCUGUUACUAGCAACAGUCUACUCUAUGAUACUAUAAAUUCCAGAAUGGUAGUAACAGGGUUGGUAACAUUCAAAUGUUUUGAUUUCAGCCAUUCAAGUUGCCUUCUUUUGUAAUGCUAUGCAGUUUGAUGUUAUUAUAAUGUAAGUUAAUUUUUUUAAUAUAUGUAUAUAGGAGAAUUUAGGCAUCAGAGUUUUAAGUAACUAUCCAUUUUUUUCAUCUGUUCUUGUGGUGUUUAGAACUCUGAGAGAUAUUUGAUGACUGGCAUACAUGUUUUUCAGACAAAAUACAGAAUACUAGUUAAAGCUCAGUUCUCAUUCCUGGAUUUUGGUCGCUGCCUGUU